AACGUCACUAAUCCUACAUGGGGCACCACGAACAACACAGGAGGAAAGUAACCGAAUAGCUAUCGAGGAAAUCGCGGUCCUGCUCGUUGUUUGGACUUUACUUCGCUCUACAGAAAAACUACGUAGAGUUCGUGAAGCUGUGGAGCCGCAGCAGGUGCUUGAUAGCGAUAAAAGUCGACGCAAUCUCCACAUGAGGGCUGCCUCAUGACCAUAGUUCGAUCCAUAAAACAUUAAAGGAACGAAAAAACAUAAAAUUAUCGGCUUUAUCUUUGCGGUGAUAACAAGUUAAUCCCACAGGAAAACAACAGCUGUGUCCCGUCCCAGCGGUGUCCACGCAAACAUGGAGACAAGCGAGCUUUCAGGAGGACUUCAAACUAACGUUUGUGUCCCGCAUGUUGUAAACUUUUGACCUUUGGCGGAAAAGUUUACAUGCUGAACAGUUUUUAAAUGGUUUCACUUGAGCAGAAGACAUGAACAAAGAGAAAAAGUCAUUGAACGGGACCCUCACCUACAACGCAGCUAAAGACCGAGUGGACAGAGUGGAUCCGUAUGGCUUCGAGCGCUCUGAGGACUUUGAUUUCGAGUCAUACGAGGAGCUCAUGUCUGAGUAUCUGGUGGUGCUCACCCGACGAUCCAUCAAAUGGUCCAAACUACUGAAGAGAAAAAGCAAGGUGCAGAAGAAUUUCAAAUUAAAGCGUUAUGUACGCAAGGGGAUUCCCAAUGAGCACCGGGCCUUGAUCUGGAUGGCAGCCAGUGGGGCUCAGAACCAGCUAGAGAAGAACCCGGGAUUCUACCAAUCGCUGCUGGUUGGCCAGCAUGACCCAAAACUUGUGGAGACCAUCAGAACAGACUUGAACAGAACUUUUCCAGACAACAUUCAGUUCCGUAAGACAUCCGAUCAGUGUCUACAGAAAGCCCUGUACAAUGUGCUGCUGGCUUACGGCCACCACGAUCCAGCUGUGGGCUACUGCCAGGGUAUGAACUUUGUUGCUGGAUAUCUGCUGAUUGUCACAAAAGAUGAAGAAAAGUCCUUCUGGCUGAUGGACGCUCUGCUCGGUAGAAUCUUACCAGACUACUACACGCCAGCCAUGCUGGGACUGAAGACAGACCAGGAGGUGUUGGGGGAACUGGUCAAACUUAAAAUCCCCCGAGUGGGGCAGGUGAUGGAGGAGCAUAACGUCAUGUGGACUCUGGUGGUUUCUCGGUGGUUUAUCUGUCUCUACAUUGAUAUCCUGCCAGUAGAGACUGUUCUGAGAAUAUGGGAUUGCCUCUUCUAUGAGGGCUCAAAGAUCUUGUUCCGAGUAGCUCUGACACUGAUCCAUCACCACCAGGCUUUGAUAGAACAGUCCCAAUCCCUCCCUGACAUCUGUGAAGCCUUCAAACAAAUGGCCCAGGGACCAUUUGUGGAAGAGUGUCACACUUUUAUGCAGAAAAUCUUCACAGAACCAGGAAGCCUUUCCAUGGCAACGCUGACUAAGCUGCGGGAAACGUGCCGAGCUCGAAUCGCUGCACAGGAAUCCUGACAGACUUAAGUUCACGCUGAAAGUAGAAACACAUUCCAGACAGGAUGAUCACUCAGCAGCUAGUUUGCACUUUUUUAUUCUAAUUCCUCUGAGUACCUGUGAGUCCUGCGCACUGUUAACCUUCUUAAACAAAACACUCAUAUUCUUGACUGAUAUUCUCAGCUGUAUGAUGCACGUUACCUUGAAGUUUGUCGUGAGUGAAAACAUUUUCGCUAAAAUGUGGAUUAAUGCACUUUAACCCAGAGCUGCAUACGCUAGAGAGACCAGGCCCAGUCACUAAUUAUGUGAUGAAGAAAAACAAAAUGAUGUUGCAUGUUGUGAACACAGCCGAGAAGUAACUUUCCACACCUUUUGGCUGAGUUAUGAAAAUGACAAAAACAAACUGUUCUUUUGUGGUAAAUGAAGAGAUAACUGAGGUUAUUAGAUGCUGGUGCAGCUUGAUUUGUUGUGAACUAGAUUUUUAUCAAUGUUAGACUCAUGUAGAUUUUAGUGCACCAAGGUGAAUGAAUACAAUCAAAUAUCAAAGUUA